AUGUCAUCACUUGAGCCUAAGGACUCACUUGCAAAAAACUCAAACGAAGAGUUCUCCCCUGUCGGUCAUCAUGAACUUAGUGUGGAAGACUUUAUCCAUGAUAAGAGACCAUGGUAUAAAGUUCCUCACUUGCGCAAAAUGACUUUUGUCAUCUUCUUAUUGACCUUGAGUUCGACUACUUCUGGUUAUGAUGGUUCGGUUAUGAAUGGUCUUCAGUCGCUUCUGCACUGGCAAUCGGAGAUGGGAACUCCCACUGGUGACAGAUUGGGUCAUUUGGCUAAUGGUGUCAACUUUGGAUGCAUUAUUGGUGUGACCAUUGCCCCAUACAUUUGCGAUCACUAUGGUAGAAGAACUUUGGUGUUUAUUGGAUCUACAGUCGCUGUUAUUGGUGCUAUUUUGCAGGGAUGCAGUAACUCGUAUGGUUUCUUUUUGGCAUCUAGAGUUGUUUUGGGUUUCGGUGCUGUUCUUUCUUCUGUGGCUGCUCCAGUGUUGAUCUCUGAGUCUGCUUAUCCAUUGCAUAGAGAAGCCUCUACUUUUGCCUACAAUGUUUGCUGGUACUUGGGUGCUAUCAUUGCUUCCUGGGUGACUUACGGAACCAGAAACAUUAACAGUAACUACGCAUGGAAGAUUCCUUCGUUUCUUCAGGGAGUCUUGCCACUUGUUCAGGUUGUGUUCAUUUUUUUGAUUCCUGAGUCUCCAAGAUAUUUGGUCAAAAAGGGCAAGGUUCUCGAAGCAGAAGCCGUUUUAAGAAAGUUCCAUGCUGGAGGCUCCACUCUUCCUGAAGAUGAUGCAUUAGUGCAGUUCGAACUUAGUGAAAUCGAAAGUGCUAUCGCUGCAGAGAGCGAAGCUGCUCAGUCAUCAUACUUGGACUUUAUCAGAGUCCCAAGAUUUAGAAAGAGAUUGUUUUUGGUUGUUUUCGUGGCCAUUAUGGCACAGCUUUCUGGUAAUGGUCUUGUGUCUUACUACUUUGUCCAAGUGUUGAGGUCCAUCGGUAUUACGUCUACCAAGAGACAAUUGGAGAUCAACGGCUGCUUGAUGAUUUACAACUUUGUCAUUUGUUUGACUUUAACUAAUCUCGUCACUAAGUUUAAGAGAAGAGUCAUGUUCUUGACAGGAUGUGGAGGAAUGUUGGUAUGUUACGUCAUUUGGACCAUUCUUUCUGCAUUGAACGAACAAGCUCACUUCAACAACAAGUCGUUGGCUAAUGGCGUUCUUGCAUUCAUCUUCUUGUAUUAUUUGUUCUACGACAUUGGAUUGAAUGGUUUGCCAUUCUUGUACCUUACCGAGGUCUUGCCAUACUCUCACAGAGCCAAGGGUAUCAACUUGAUGAUUUUCGUCACCUACUCGGUGUUGAUCUUCAACGGUUACGUCAACACCAUUGCUAUGGAUGCCAUUGGCUGGAAGUACUACAUUGUGUACUGUUGUGUCAAUGCUGUUGAGUUGGUGAUUGUCUAUUUCACUUUCCCAGAGACUUCCGGAUUCACCUUGGAGGAGGUUGGCCAGGUGUUUGGUGAUGAGGUUCCAGAUAUCAAGAAUAAGACUUUGGAUAACAAGGCCCUCACUGAACAUGUGGAGGAUGUAUAA